UAUUUAUCGGUGCAAUUGAAAUGAAGCUAACAAGGAAAUUCACAAUUCACUUGCAAUUAUUUAUUUACGCAAAUCUUGUCAACUGCUUUUCGAUUGAUUCACCGGAGAAAAUAGCUCUGGAACCUAAUACGUUGAUUGUGAGAGAUACUCAAGAAUACUGGGCACUUGGUUGGCCAACCUCCAUAUCAUGUGAUUCCAAAUCAAAACUAGAAGAUAUAAAUUCUGGAGAAGGCCAAAAAAUGUAUUGGAAGAUCAGAUACCCAGAUUCGAAAGGUGAAGAGACAUUAGAUCAAGACGACAAAGCAAAUUAUGAUUAUAUGAAUAACCUCCUACAAAUCAAAAACGUGUCCCGAAAUUUCAACAACACAGUAUUUGAGUGUGUCAUCGAACGGCCAGGAAAUAUCACAAUGAUCAGUAGACAUCGAGUUCAAAUUCAAGAUUGCAUUUUUCGUAGUCCACCGGAUACAACAGCAUACAACUUGCAUAAUCCGUGUGCUUAUGGAAAGUGUAUGGUUGAAUGGGGAAGAGUGGAAUGUCUCUGUUUCAGACAAUACGGUGGAAUUCAUUGUGACGGUCCAAAAUGGGGUAAUUGGUACCUUAAUCUUUUUCCAUUUGUGCUAGCCAGCUUCGUUAUCGGCUUGUUCAUCAUAUUCUUUUGCAUAACUUGUAUUUACCAGGAUGACAGGAAACAAGAAAAAUUGAUGGAAAUAUCACAAGUUGUUGGACACUCGGAUCGUAUCGAUUUCACACUCUAUGAUUUGUACCCAUUUGUCGGGAAACUUGGAGGUUGUAUCUAUACUGAAGCUGAUGCAGUGGAUGAUAAGAAGUAUGAACGAGUAAGAAAAACAAUUACGGAUUUCCUGCAACGAGGGGAAGACGAAGAAAAAGAUGAACAAAUCGGAGUUACAACAGUUGGAACUACGAUGGAAAUCCCUCCAAAAACCACAACUAGAACUACUACUACCACAGCGAAAACGACAACAAAAGCUUCAAAAAGUUCAAAAACAGUUGGUACAACAAAAAGGGCAUCUGGCAUGACAACUGUUGGAAUGUAAUAUUCGGUGCAUCAAUUUUCUACAAGUUAUUAAAAUAUAAAUUCGUUUGGUUU